AUGAACCGAAGGACGCAUUUCAAAUAUCGAGAAAUCAAGGGUAAGCAACUGAUGAUAUUAGUCGAUCGAAUGAUUCAUCGACUCAUGACUGAUCAAUUUCUGGAUGGCUUUUCUGAUUCCCAACUGAUUGCAGUUAUCGAUGAAGUUUAUAAUAUUCUACGGCCAACUGGAUGUCUAAUAAAAGUCAAUGCUCCCGUGGUUAUAUUCGGUGAUAUUCACGGACAGUUUGGCGAUUUAAUGCGAUAUUUGAACAUUCUUGGAACACCGCCGCAACAGAACUUUUUGUUUUUAGGCGAUUAUGUAGAUCGAUGCAAGAAAGGACUUGAGGUGAUGAUGCUACUGUUUUGUUUCAAAAUAAGGUAUCCAGACAAAAUAAACCUCUUACGAGGAAAUCAUGAAUGCACCAAAAUGAAUCGUACGUACGGUUUCUACCAGGAAUGUAAACGCCUGAGGACGACUUCUAUCUGGAAAGCAUUCCAAAAUGCUUUCAAUGAACUUCCAUUAUGUGCAAAUAUCAGUGACAAACUAAUUGGUAUGCAUGGUGGUAUAAGUCCUUUAAUCCAAGGAUGGCAUUCGUUAGAAAACCUUAAAAAGCCAAGAAAUCAAUCUGACUGCGAAUAUGGUCUAGCUCUUGAUCUAAUGUGGGCGGAUCCAGAUAACGACCCUUGCUCCAAAGGAUUUGUACCAAACAAAGUUCGAAAUGCUUCUUGGAUGUUUGGUCAAGAUACGAUUAAAGAGUGCACGAGAGUAUUAGGUGUAGAUAUGAUCGUGCGAGCACACGAAGUCGUUAAAACUGGCCACCUUCUUGAUUGUGACGAACAUAUCUGUACUGUAUUUUCUGCACCAAAUUAUUGCGGAACAGACGGUAACUGCGGUUCAGUGAUGUGUAUUACCAAAGAUCUCAAAAUUUCAUUCGUUACACUGAAACCGAAGUUGGACAUUCAAAAACUGGAUUCUAAUAAACUUGCUGAACUCGAAAAACAGAAUCGUUCAUAUGCCGCGAAGAGCCCGAACCCAGGAUCAAACUCCCUUCCAACUGAGAUAAUUCCAGCAGGUGUGAUGGACAAGUGA